AUGACCACCCUUCCCAUAACCCCCUCCCUCAUCCCCCCCCUCGCGGGAAGAACAGCCCUCAUAACAGGCGGCUCCUCCGAAAUAACCCUCUCCACUGCUCUCUUGCUGGCCGAAAAAGGCUGCUCAAAAGUCAUCAUCCUCGACCCAGAACACAACGACUCUUUACUCACACCAGAUCCAGGCAUACCUUCUUGCCUGGCUUUUCUGAGAGUUGACGUCAGGAAUUGGAAGGAGCUAAAAGCUGCGGUAAAAGGAUGCGGAGAAGUUGACUACGCGUUUUAUGUACCAGGGCCAGAGAGGAUUCUCUUCGAGGUUGGGGGUGAAGGUGAUGAUGAUCGGGAAGGCGAAAACGGGGUGGGGAUGGACUGGGCGAGGGAGGUGAGGACUGUGGGGGACUUUGUGAAAGUUUGUUGGGCGGUUAUGGCGCGGUCGGGUGUUGGGAGGCUGGGGGAUGAGAAGGGGAAAGGGGGGAGUGUGGUCAUUUGUGUACCGGGUGGUGCUGGGGGUUACAUGUCUUGUCAUGUGCUGCCUCCUGUGGGGAUGCCUGGAGAGGGCGUGAUGGAUGGGUGUGCGGGUUCUGCUAUCCUAGGAAUGAUACGCUCGCUGAGGACGGUUGCUAUUCAAGACGGGGUAACUAUCAAUGGGGUUGCUGUUGGCCCUACGUUUCCGUUUACUUCAGAUGCGAUGCCACCAACGACACCGUUACCUCCUUUGACACCAGGUGUUCAGCUGGAGAAGCUUCCCGUCAAAACUGCCGAUGAGAUUGCCCUUGCACUUGUCUUUUCGGCCACAGCGACACAAAAAAGGAAGGUGGAAGUGUACGGAAAGGAGAAGGACUCUGAUCUGUUUAGUGGAAAGAAGGAGGACAGGAAGUGGAAUGGGAGAGUCGUCUUCACAACAGGGACAUCCCCCAUGGCGUACACAGAGGUCGAGGAGGGACUGGCUGAUCUGAGAGGGUGGUGGCUGGGAAAGGAGAAUGUGAGGAUGGUAAGGAUGCAGCAGGCGGUUGGGGACUUUAGGCCUUUCGAAGUGGAUCACAAACGGGAGCCUUGAACCUGUCCGCAAAACCUGAAUACCAAGGUAACUAAGACCUCCUCGGUGAAAGGCACAGGCUACUUUGGGUACACUUCUGAAGCGAGCCCAGUCGGCCGUCUCAUUGUUUGACACUGAAAUAGACGAAACAAAAACACCGACGGGCUAUUGUCAUUUUUCAUUCGCUUAUGCAGGAAUAUCCUUGAUUCACACCUUACCACAUACUGGAUAGUUCCAAGCAAAGUGUGGUAGGCUGCUACGCCGCAGCUGGAAACUCGUAAUUGGACCAUCAACCAGAAACGGGAGGGAAUUGCUCACUACUCCCCGAGUGGCCAGCCAUACCACGCCUCACAAGCAGGUCGCAGCUGAAAACUCCGAAGGAAACUUGAGGAGUGGUCGUUACAAGUCUGGCUGCAGUGACGGUCUUGUGCCCUGUUGAUGGUCGCGAGGGAGAAUUUCGCCGCCGCCUUGGACAAAGUCUGAAUAGUGGCACAGUGAUGGACUGAGGCAUGUGAGAGACCCA